ACUAGUCCAAGCACGCUUGAUGAACACUGCAUAACUGUGUUAUUCGCCCACAUGCAUCUUAAUGCUCUCUUCCAGAUCAGACCCAUCCACUCCUGUCAACAAGUGAGAGCGCGCGCUUCCCGCUCGAUCGCGCGCGUCGCGUCUGACGCGUGUGCGUGAUGGAUGCGGUGCGCGCGUGAGGGGGGCGGGAGCGCGUGGAACGCUCGAGCUCCUCUCGUUCGUUUUCUGACGCGAGAAAGACAAAAGAAAAAAAGGAAAAAAAUCCAGCAGAAGAGAAACGAGCUCGUGCUCGCGGAAUAUCAAGGCCCGCUCGGUUCCGUGAGGCGGCUGUGAGCCGCGGGUCGGUGCAGGCGGAGCGGGGGACUCGAGCCCGGGGAGAUCGGACGGGCCUGUCCGAACAUCUUCCUGUUUCCAGAGAAAGAAAGACACUAUCAUAUUGAGAGGAUUAAAAGAGCUACUGGAAGGCAUGUCACUGACCAUGGAAAACAUGAUGCUAGGACAAGCUACGCUGAAAAAUACCUUACUGUAAUGGGCAAGGACUGGAUGAUCAAAGAAAACAACAAAUUUGCUGGACUGAAUAACUAACAUGGGAAAUGACAAAUGUUUGGAUACAGCUGGAAAAUAUUUGUUGGCGAAGAUCUUAAUGAAACAUGGCUUGAGCAUGUGCCGAAAAUCCCUGUUAGACAGGAAAUAUGAUAAAAAGUCAUGAUUUUGAAGGAUUGAUCUUUCUCAAGCCAUUUCAGUGUCAGUGAAUACAUGUGCCAACUAGAGAAAGUUUUUUUUUUGUCUUUUGCAAACCUGUUACUGAACUAUUAUAAUUGUACUGCAUGGCUGCUAUCCACAUCCGUUCGCACAUUUACCAAAUGGCAAGAUGUUUCACACUACAGUAUCAAGAUAUUGACAUUCUCUUAAUGAAACUUACUUGAGUUGCUUUUUUGGAGUAUUUUUUACCUCUUGGCUAAAAGACAUUUUGUGAUAACACUAAACCUUCAAUCAUUAUCUUUUUUCCAGAGAUCUUUUGAUCUAGUGCCAAACCACGUAGUAGCAUUUGUGACACCAUUUCUGUGAAUGAAUGUGUAGCUGCUGCAUUUCCCAUCUUCACACUGUUUUUACUUUUUAACUUGAGCAGCAAAUUGAAUCCCCUUGCUUUCUAAAUCUCAGUUACGACAUUGGUUGGGGCCUUCUACAUUUAUGUUACAGAUGUGUUUUUAGAUUUCUAAUACUAAGCAUUCCAGUUUGCCAUUUGGGUCCUCUUCAAAGAAAGGUUGCUUAAAACAGCUUUUGAAAAACUGUAAACACAAAAAUGCAGAAUUUUCCCAACAGUCCAGUCCCUCUUCAUCUGGGAUUUAGCCGAGCAGGAAGUGUUGUUGGUUCGCCGUAUCAAGCCCACCCUUCAGACCUUCAGAUAUCUCCCAGAAACUCAGAGGACUAUGCGACCAGGCAGCAAGCUCAACCUAACCUGCAGAGCCAUGGUCAGCACCUGCACCCGCGGAGCCAACAGCAUCUUCUACACGCUCCCCCUGUACACGGCUAUGGAUCCAGAAGAGCAGCUGGAGAGCUGACACAGGGAAACACUCACAGUGGAGGAGGGAACUCUUACCGUAAGGACAGUGUGGAUUAUUAUUUUUCAGUGAGUGGACGAGAAAGAAGCAGAAGAGGCGGAGCUGCAUAUGGUGCAGGAUUUAGAUACUCAAACGUGGAUGGACAUGCACCUAAUCAGUACCACUUAUCUGGUUCAGGGUCAUCUUCUGGAAUGAUUUCUCCCUACUCUAUGGAUUACGGCUCCAGCUGUGUCUCUGCAGUUGGGAGUAGUAAUAGCAGUGGCCCUGGUUCCUUUUCUCCUUCCCAGCAAUACAGUCUGGCUCAUACUGCUUCAGUACAAUCAGGUGCUCAGAUGCAUCAACGGCAGCACGGUCAGAAAUAUCCAUCACAUCAAGGAUUGCACCAAGGUCAGCAUCACCGGACCCUGCAUUACACGCUUUCUGGAAACAGAAUACCCCCUCAGUUUGGACACUAUGCCCCACUUAAUGCGACUUCAGGCUCUACUGGAAUAUAUAACUCUCCACCGCAAAGAUACGACGUAAGCAGCAGCAGCACGGAUGCCAAAAUGAAUAACUCUCCCACUCAGUCUAAUCCAAAUACUCAUACAAGUUCAUCUGCUUCAAACAGCUAUGAGAAUAUGGGACAAAGCUACACAUCAUCAGCAUAUUCACCGCAAUCUCAGCCCCUUCACAAGCAUGCCCCCCAUUCCCAGCGUCCCUCUCAGCUCAGCACUGGAGCAGUUUAUGACCCCUCCCUCAAAAUGCAGCACCAAGGACAUUUGCACACCAAACAGCCCCAUUCCUCUGUGUCCUCCAGCCCUGCUCUGCCUUCACAUCCCUCUCAAGACCUUGCCAAAUCACCUAUGCAUUCCCAAAGUCAGCAGGCUCACAUUCAUCAAAACUUCAGUCCCAUAUCUAAUCCCUCUCCUGCUCCAUCUGGUGUACAGUCUCCAAGCUGCAGCUCCUCUUCGUCUCCACUAAUGGGGAGUUCUGAAGGAAACAGUGCCAAUACUUAUCUGCAGCCAUCAUCACACCCCUCUGUUCCAAAUGCUCACAGCAGCCAAAGCCAUGGACAUCUUCUGCAGGCCGUACCUCAGCUGAGCCCCACUCCCAAUUCAAAUAGCAGCAACAGUAGUUGUGGUAGCGGAAUAGGAACUAAAGCGGCUGUUUUGAACCACAGUGCAGGGAUCGGUCAUGUUGCCAUGGGUCAGAACCGAAUGGGAUUAGGUCUUCAGGGUGGUCCAGAGGAAGAUGGCUCCCUGUACCCUCAUGACAAACUCUCGCAGGAUCCUGGUCUAAAUAGUCUCAAUGCUCUGACCUCUCAAGUGGAAAAUCUACCUAAUACAGUGCAGCACAUGCUUCUAACAGACACUGUGCUGCCCCUGAAGAAAAGCAGAGACAGUGCACAUCACCUUCAGAUGCAGCAAGGGUCUCAGUCUUUAUCAGGCAACCAAAACAAAUCUGGUAAUUCCAGUGCCAGCGGUCAGACCUUGGUGAAUGAAGAGAGUUCUGAGAUGCUGGAAACAAAAGGGCAUCAACAAGUAGAACACAAGAGAAUUAGGCAGGGAAAUGGAACAAGCAACGAAUCUGAGCUACAAAGCUACCCAUCAUCACAGAGUCGGAUGCCGUCAGAACCGAGUCAACAAGGAUUGGAUCUCCAGGUCAACACUGGAGUCAUUUCAACAGCUUCAAAACAACCAUCCACUAGAGAUUCUCAAUCAAAGACAAAAGAAACCCUGAUUGCCACCUCCUGUUCACCACCAUCAGUUCAUCCUUCUGCAGAACUCAGCCCAAAACAACCAGUAUACCCCCCUGCCUCUCCAUCUCCUAUUCACUCAGCACAGCCAAACUGCGUGGUAAAAAAAGACCUUUGUGAUAAUGAUGAAAGUGGAAUAAAGGGACAGAAGAUCAAAAUGAUAAAAGAUGAAGAAUGUGAGGUUGAAAAUGCAGGUCCUACCUGUGAUAGAGAGAAUUCAGAGAACAGACGGUCAGUCCCUCCCACAAAGGAUGAAACCGAGACCGAUGCACAGCAUUUUGAAAAACCCAGUAAAAAUGUGAAUUUAUCAGAGCAACAUAAUUUUGGGGGUAUUGGAGUUAUUGUCUCUGCUCGAUCUGAAGUGAAUACUGAAUCAGGCAAGCACACAGGAGCCAGAUCUCCACAUUAUGGUGUUUCACAUUUCUCAAAUAAACAUAGCAAUCCCGAGGACCAACGUAAUGUGAAUGUCUUAAGAGAGACUAGAAAUCACAAUGGAGAAGGGGAGAUGUGCAUGGAAACAUAUGUGUCACAAUAUUUUUCCCCUAAACAAGAAUUUGGCCAAAGCUCUCAACCUUCAAUUCGGUCUCACUUAGCGUCAUUUAAAUACAGUAAUCCCGAGGUACAUUAUAAUGCUGCAAAGAGCAAAGGGAAGUUAGGACUAGGGAGUAGUAUGGGCACAAACAGAUGCCAGAAUUAUCAGCUGCAGGCCAGCUAUGGGUCUAUAGGCAGGAAGGAGAUUGGUGUUUUUGCUAUGGAAGGGGGGAGGGCUAUCGUCUCAAGAAGUCAAGAUAGCAGUUCUCAGUUUCAGCAAUCAUUUCCAAGUCUUUUGCAAGAAGUCCUCCAGGGUCAUCACUUAGAUAGACGAUAUGGGCGUCCUGACCAAACGUCUAGUGUUCACCAACAACCUCAAGAUACAUACCAGCACCGUUAUCAAACUAGACUGCCUUACAGUAUGAUUGAAAAUUUGAGUUCACAUGCAAUGGGCUCCCAAACACUUAAGAGUGGACUUAAUAUCAAGUUCAAUCAACUGGCCUCUGGGAAACCACCAAAUUCAAGUCAAAAUCAGGGACCAGAUAAUGAUAUUGUUUUAGACCCUCCUCAUCCCUCUUGGGAUUCUGAAGCACAUAAGCCCAAUGUGACUCAUGGGAUCUCUUUAGAAAAAGGCAAAACCAGUCUGUCUCCCAACCAGUCCUCCCACCUGCAGCAGUCUUUAGAUCUCACAACAGGAGCCCCCUCAGAGCACAUUAACUUGGCUGACUAUUCUUUGCAGCACAAAAAAACACCCAGAUAUGAUACAUCUUCCUCUGCUGUGGAACAAUUGCUUUUACAGGAAGCUGAGCCAUUGGCAUGUGGUGUAGGUCCUAUCAGUUACACUCAAUCUCAGACAUCCUCAGGACGCUGCUCAGUAAUCUGUGAUGUGUCCCCUUCUCGACGAACAACACCAGAAAGAGAGAGAGGACACUCUGGGACCUCAGUCAUUCAGCAGCCAUUUUCUGCUUCUGGAUCAAAUGAACAAGAAUGUUGCAAGGAAGAAACAAAAGCAAAGAAAGCACAAAACUUGGAGGACUCAUCAAAGUCUGAAACUGCAGGUCAGAACACCAAUAGUUACUGCAGCACCCCACCCAGUAAGGAAUCUAAUAAGCUCCUUCAUCCCCCUGUAGAUGUUGCUUCCGAUAUAGAAAAGACCAGCAGUGCCAAAGGCAACAGAGAAGCCACUAGCAACCUGCCAUAUCUUUUGCAAAUUUCCUCAAAUCCCUUGUCCUCACCACCAAGACACCAGUCAUUCUCGCAGGCUGUUGAUGGUUUCAGAGCAUAUGGUUUCAGUGACACCAUGGAUGGACAAAAAAUUAUCUCCCAUCCUACACCUCAUAAUCCAUUCCAUACAGUAUCAGCGUUUUCUAAAACCACACCAUCUUCUAACAAGUCACAUAUGUUUCCACAGAGUUUACCUCCUCAUGAAAGACUUGACUGGACUCCUGACAGACAAAGGCUAAGAGGUAUGGACAGGCAUGUUCCUCAGAGACUUUCUGAAGAGAAGUGUAAAUCCCAAUCUUCAAUUGAUAUUCUGCCUAGUCGGCAUCACAUAUCUCCACAGCACUCUUAUCCCAGUUCACACUUUGACAUGAAAAUGUGGGAUACUUAUCCUGAAAGAGAAGGGGCUGGACAAUCCACUGUAGUCCCUUGUGAGCAUGUUGGUUCUCAACCAGUCACAAAUGCUGGCCCCAAACUGGGAGAAGAGAACAUUUUAGAUAAGAGUGCAGAAAUCACAGCCAAAUCUUUCCACUCAUUGGCUCCAGUUGAUGUGUUUAGCCCUGCUGGGCACACUGGUAAGACUACCCAAGGGAAUCAGCAGGGGCAGAGAGUAACAAAAACUGGAACGUCGGCUGAAACCAACCCUUUAAUCAUGAGAAGGAGAGUUAGAUCUUUUAUUUCUCCUAUUCCAGCUAAGAGACAGAAUCAGGAUGUUUCAGGUCAGCGACCAGGAUCAGCUUAUCACUCCCCACUAUCUCAAUCCCACUCUGAUUCGAGACUUGCAACCAACAAUUGCACUGGCAGUACUAAUUCUCAGCCAAAAUUGCCUUCUCCUAAAACACAGCAUUCUAUACACAGCACUAAUUCACCUCCUCAGUCCAAAGCAAAGUUUAUUUCCCCAAGAAAGGGUCAUGGUUUAAAACUUGAGGCAAUUGUGCGAAAAAUUACUCCCAGUGUAAAAAAAAAUGAAUUCAACAAUAGUCAAGUGGGAUCUGACUUUUCAGAAGUAUCUCAUUACGCCUCUGACAUAGCAGACCCUGAGGGUGGUACAUCUUUUUCUAGUGUUUCUCAAGGAGAGGAGACCUGCUUAUCUUACCUUGAUGAUUCUCCUACUUUAGAUGAUCUUAUGCCAUACAGAGUAGUUGAAGAUGCGUUCUCCUGUGAUUCUCAGACCCUCAAACCAGGUACAACAGCUUCUAGCACUAGUGCCCUCAGGAGUUUGCCAAAAGAUUUUGACUUUGUUUUAGGUGCUGCUGGAUCUUCAGGGUCAUUGGGUGAAAGUGAUAAGGAUGAUUUUACUUUGUUAGGACCCCUUCCACCAGCUCCGCCAUUACCUUGUCCUGUACAGGGAUCCCCUCCUCCAUCUUCUUCUGCAUUGUCUGACAUACAGCAGUUCACAAACACUUAUCAACAGCUGGAAACACGACGAGGUGAGCAGUCGGCUGCUAACUUACUGAGGCAGAAACUAGAAGAGACUGGCAUGGGCUUUGAUGAUUACCCAGGUGGGGAUUACUAUGGGACCACCACUGGCCACAGUCAGAGCCCUGGGCACCACCUUCUGUCCAGAGCUGCUCAGCACCAGAUGACUUCUCUCAGGUCAACCAGUUCAGAGCCUAAAACAUCAGAAAACACUGUCCCAAAAGGUUAUUUUCCAUCAGGUAAGAAAAAAGGUCGCCCAGUAGGAAGUGUGAAUAAGCAGAAACGUGCACAAGCACAAAUUCAUAAUGCAGCAACAAGCAUACCUGUGGACUCUCUUCCCUCACCCACAGCUGAACCUCAGUCUGUCCCAGCACCAGACACUGCAAGUGAAGUGCUCCAAGUAUCAGCACCUCUGGACCAGAAACCCUGUCCAUCUUUGUCACCUCCUGCUCAAACCCAGGUGGUGAAAGUGGACGUAGAGAGCGAGGAGAUCCAGCCAGAGUCAGAUGUGAAGCCUGCCAGACAUAGACCGAAAAAGGGGAAAGAGGGCAAUGAGACUCCUGGCGAUCAGAGAAGGAGAAGAAGAGGGAUGGCUUCCAAGGAGAAGCUGGACACCCAGGCAAGCAGCAGGGGAAAUAUCAGCCCAUAUGGAAUAUUAUCAGAUGCCAGGAGUAACUUAUUUGCUCCUUACAUACAUGUGGAGAAAAAGAUAGCAGAGAUUGGGGCUGUAUGUACAAUCAUUAACGCAGAUGAUGAAAAAUCAAAAGGUGGAGGCAAAACUGGUCACUUAGGGGUUGAUGGCCAAUUAAAUACUCCUCUGUCAUCUCAACAUGUGAGAAAUGAAAAUGAAAGAACAAAAGAAAACUGGGUUUCAGAGCCUGUUGAUUCUGCCUUGCAGUCAGGGAAGACACUUCCUACAUCUGAAUAUGUUCUGUCAGGGCCUGUGUUAUCAGAGACUGGACAUACUGGUCGCCUCCUAUGCUGCCUUUGCCAGAAAUGGGCCAACUACAAACAUCUCGGGGAUCUUUAUGGUCCUUUUUACCCAGCUGAGUAUGCGGCCAAGCUCCCUAAGAAUCAACCUCAAGUCCGACAAACCUUGUCCAACCAUGGGGCAUCUACAACAGGUUUCAGUAUGACAUCCGUUCCAAUAGAAACUACUCCCCAGGAUACAAGAUUUCAGGACUCUCAGAAUAUCAAGUCAUCUACAGAUAGUGAUUGCACAGUAAGUCAGGCGACAAACUCAACAUCUCCAGCCACCACCAUUGGCACUGUCUCGCCCAGCAUGGGUGAAGAAAUGCCUUUCCAGAAUGUUAAGAUGAGCAGCUCCGCCUCAAAGGUAACGGCUCACACCUGGGAUCUGGCUGGAGAACUGACAAGCGGGCUGGGCACAUCAAAAGCUCAAGAACUGAAUGGUGAAAUUGUUUUGAAGAAGUUGCAUGUCGAAAAUACACAGCAAAGGCCCCAGCACAGAAAACUGACAUCCCAUCCACGCUUCAAACGCAGACAUAAGUCCAGUGAGGAUUUACCUCGAACUGUCCCCAUCAACAGCAAAGCAUCCCUGCCCUUCCAGCCUCCCCCACCCAGCCUGGACUCUCUGGAUCCCAUGGCCCAAAUGGCCCAGCUCCCACUUGUGCCUCUGGACCCCGAGGAGCUGUGGGUGCAUGAGGGCUGCAUCGUUUGGACCAGUGGUGUGUACCUGGUCAAUGGGAGACUGUAUGGCCUUCAGGAGGCACUAGAUGGUGCUAGAGAUACAAGCUGCUCUCAUUGUGAGAUGGUGGGCUCCACACUUGGCUGCUACAGUAAAGGCUGCACGCUGAGCUACCACUACCUUUGUGCCAUAGAAGCAGGUUGCUCUCUAAAUGAAGACAACUUUUCUCUGAGGUGUCCAAAGCACAAGAGCAACAGAAUUGGGAAGCCUGGAGCAGCGUAUCUGGAGCAGUCGGAGAGAGGAUGAACAUACACUCCACAGUCCCGCACAGAUCAGACCAGAGAUCACGCCUGACUGUGUGAGAUCCAGCCCAAGAGGGACGCCAUCAUGCUUCCAGAUGGAGUUUCCAUGGUGACCGAUGGAUACAUUUUGGAAUGUAAAGUUCAAAGACUUUCUCUAAAGAACACUAAAACUGCUAUGAAAGAGGUUUUCAUUUAUCACCUGUGCUGUGGGGAAAGGUGUCAUCACCACAGGAGGAAAGGAUCGGAGCAGAAGACCUUCCUCUGAGAUGAAGAAACGCUAACUGCCUUUCGAAACACGGAUUCAGUUCACAGAGAUGACUUUGACUUCUGAGUCCACCGUUGUCAUCUGUUACCUUUGUUCAUUCCUUCUAGUACAAACUGUGUCGUGGAGCUCUGCAUUGGGAACAAGAGAACUGAAUGAGAGCAGGGGACCAUGUGGAAAGAAAAGAGAGAGAGGCAGUGUAUUUACACCAGUUAUAUGUAGUAUUUUAUCAUAUCUCGUAUUAUCCUUAUUUUAAACAUCACUAUUGUUUUAAUCAGUAUUUUACACUUAGAUUGAGACAGAAUUCUGAGCGUUAGAUGGAUUGUCCGUAUCACUGAUCUGACGCAGGACCAGCCAUUAUGACAUCACUGAACGCACUCGAUGACAUCAUCAUCAUCAUCGCGUGGAAUGGAAGUCCAGUUGCCACAGAGACAUUGUUGUCAUGGAGAUGCAGAUGUAUUGCCUUCGAAGGUGUGCCUGUUUGUGUGUGAAUGAGGUUUGCUUGUUUGUGUCUGGUUUUGCUCCUUUGAUAAGUGUUCUUAUUUUCCACCUCCAAGGGUUUUGUGCUAUAGAUGAGGGAAAGGACAACCAAAUGCACAUGGCUUAUUUUUGACAGGAAAAAAGCAUACAGAUGGACUGCAUCAGGAGCUGUG